AUGAAUUCUUAUUAUGGCAGUUCAUCUUAUUUAUUAUCAUCUUCUUCAUUUUCAGAUGAUGAUUAUUAUGAUGAUCUAGAAAAUCAAGUGGUAUGUCAAAUUACUGCAAACAACAAUUUUUGCAUCACUCAACACCUCAAUAACGAUGGGUCACGCCGGGGCUCAAUUCCUGGUCAUAUAGUUAUCAACCGUGACUGGGAAAAUGCUGAUCGCAAUCUCUUCAAUGACUAUUUUGCAGAAAAUCCCCGGUUUAAUGAUUCGAUGUUUCGACGAAGAUUUCGAAUGGGUCGUCCUUUAUUCUUUCGUAUAUUUGAUGCUAUACAAAGGCAUGACAAUUACUUCGUCCAACGAAGGGACGGACUCGGUAAACUUGGGUUGUCCGGCUUGCAAAAGGUAACAACUGUAUUUCGAAUGUUAGCAUAUGGUGUACUGGCAAAUGCUACCGAUGAGUACAUAAAAAUUGGAGAAUCUACAGUUUUAGAAAGUUUGAAGCGAUUUUUCCGUGCUAUUGUUGAGGUGUUUGGAGCUCGCUAUCUACGAUCAACUAACGUUGAUGAUGUUGUAAGGCUACUCCACAUUGGUGAACGCCGGGGUUUUCCAGGAAUGCUGGGUAGUUUAGAUUGUAUGCAUUGGAAAUUGAAAAAUUGUCCAACGGCUUGGGGAGGACAAUAUGCCGGUCGUAGUGGAUCCCCAACCAUUAUUCUUGAAGCUGUAGCUGACUAUGACGUUUGGAUAUGA